CAAUUAACUGUAUCGCAAUGGAACUUUUUUAUGUUUCCAGGAGCGAAGACUUCAUUUAGUCGCUUGCGAUGUUUGUAUGUCGAUAAUCUUAAUGCUAAUUCAAUCAUAAAUUCCGCUGUUACUGUUGUUCCUGAACUUACGGAAAUUACCAUUCGCAUGUACACUAAGAACUUCAAGAAUAGGCUCACUACUAUGACCUAUUCUGAUGCAUUGCUUCCAAAGUCUUCAUUAUACAUGCUUAAAUCAUUUCCUAAAUUGGAACGUUUUAACAUUGUCGAAGGCCAGCGGACAAAAUGGAGAUCAUUUAACGCCAGCUCAUUUCUUAUUUUUAUUGGUCAUAAACUUCCCAAAACAGUCAAGCAUUUUUGCUUCGACAUCAAUUGCGAAUUUUCUACCAAUGCUCUUAAAGAAUUUCUUGAUAAUACAGCAAGUCAUUUAACCUCUUUAUCAUUUGCCAGAUCCAAAAAAUUCUCUCGUGAUCAUCUUGAUGUUAUCUGUAAACACAAAGAUAUUCAUAUCGAAAUGUUAGACAUAUCAAGUUCAAAAAUAACAGAUAAGUCCAUUUUAGACAUGGCAACAUCACAGAUCUCGACGGUUCGUUUUGAUUCCACCAUGAAAGGACAUGCUCCUAAUACUGAUGACAAAUUUCAAGAUCUUGAUGAUCCAUACUUCAGGCGCAAUUGGAGUGACUAUUAUAAUGAUGCGCGUGAUAGUAGCGAUUUUGAAAAUGAUACUGAUCUUGACAGUAGUGAUUUUGAAUUGAAUAAUAAUAGAUAU